CUAGCGCUAGAAACAUUUUCUAAAUUUGGAGAAUAGAGAUUUCAACACAACCACACAAGCAACUCACACCAUUUACAUUUUCUAAGCUUGCAUAGUUGAGCAAUUAAUUAUAGCAACCACCACACCAUGUCCAUAAAAGAAUGUGGCCACCACGACGAUGAAGGCCGCGGCCUCCUCCGCCGCAUAAUCGCCGCCACUGCCUUCAUUUUCCUAAUCCUCCUAACCAUUUUCCUAAUAUGGAUCAUCCUUAGACCAACAAAACCACAUUUCAUAAUCCAAGAUGCAACAAUUUACACUUUCAACAUCUCAUCACCAAAUUCUUCACCAUUUCCUAUUCCAAACACACUAACCCUCACAAUGCAAAUCACACUCUCAACUCACAACCCAAACAAAAGAAUAGGAAUUUACUAUCAAAAACUUCACGUGUAUGGUUCUUAUAAAAACCAACAAAUCUCACUACCAACUUCAAUUCCUGAUACUUACCAAGGUCAUAAAGAUUUUACCAUUUGGUCGCCGUUUAUUUACGGUGUUGGUGUUCCGGUUUCGCCUUUUACACUUAGCUCAAUGCAACAGGAUCAGAAUAACGGAAUGGUUUUGGUUAACGUCAAAAUUAACGGAAGGGUUAAAUGGAAGGUGGGAACUUGGAUCUCUGGGAGGUACCAUCUUUUUGUUAAUUGUCCUGCUUAUGUUCGGUUCGGUGGUGAUCGGAAUAACGGCGUCGGAGUUGUUGCUCCGGCAGUUAAGUUUCAGCUUUUGCAAAAAUGUAAAGUUGAUGUUUAGUUUUUUUUGUUGUUUUUGUUUACUGUGUUAGAAUUGUUAGUUCAUGCUUAUUUUGCUCCACCAUAUGUAACUUUUUGCUGUUCACGAAUUUCUUGAGUGCUAUCUUCUAUUUCUUAUAGUUUCACUCUAAUACAAAGUAAAAAUUAGUAUAAAAAGUUGAGUUAUUUUUUAAU